GCUGGCCUUUUCGAUUCCUAGGGCUGUGAUUCUCUCAGCAACACUUCUCUCGGUGUUUGCGUCAAUUUCACGGCUCGACGAUACCAUCAGGCUUUGGUGGCUUCAGUUCAGGGAGCACGAUAAUGACCGAGCAGUGAAACGCUUUGUCUCUCGGACGCGACGUCCCCCCACUAAUACCGUCAGGCUCUGGCCUCGCCAGCUUGCCACCUUCAACGAUCCGGCUUCGAGGCAUCUCAACGACUGAAACCGUUUGACGGCUGGACCGCCGUCCGCAGCCCGCAGAUCUCUCCUGAUAUAUUUCCAUCGGACAUUCUACACCAUGGCGACCGGUAGCGCUCGCUACGUCCGCUACAUCCUCGUUGCUUUCUUUAUUCUUGCAGUCUUCUACUAUGUAUCGAACUCGGCAGACGUCAGCAACCUAGGGACACCGAUUGUCAACCAAGGCAGGGCCUCCUCCGGCACGACGCAGCACACAAGCGCCGGCCACACACCAAAAGACUCACCGAAUGCUGCCAAGGUCAAGACAGAUUACGAUGCCUCACAAUUUCCCAUGGCCCUGACGCCGAAUGACCCCGGUUGGGAUGAUCUGUCCGGCAUCAAACCCGGUCCCAGGAUGAACGCCACGUUCGUGACUUUGGCCCGCAACUCGGACGUCUGGGAGAUUGCCAAGUCGAUCCGUCAAGUCGAGGAUCGCUUCAACCGGCGAUACAACUACGAUUGGGUCUUUCUGAACGACAAGCCGUUCGAUGACACUUUCAAGAACGUGACCAGCUCGCUCGUCUCGGGCAAGACGCACUACGGCCUCAUCCCCGAGGAGCACUGGUCCUUCCCGGAGUGGAUCGACCAGGACAAGGCCGCGAAGGUGCGGCAGGACAUGAAGGAGGCCAAGAUCAUCUACGGCGACAGUAUCAGCUACCGCCACAUGUGCCGCUUCGAGUCGGGCUUCUUCUUCCGGCAGCCGCUCAUGAUGAAUUACGAGUACUACUGGCGUGUGGAGCCGAGCGUCGAGCUGUACUGCGACAUCCACUACGACCCGUUCCGCUUCAUGCACGAGAACAAGAAAAAGUACAGCUUCACGCUCAGCCUGUACGAGUACCAUGAGACCAUCCCGACGCUCUGGGACAGCGUCAAGAAGUUCAUGAAGAACCAUCCAGAACACAUUGCCGCGGGCAACUCGAUGGCGUUCCUGAGCGACGACGGUGGAGAGACCUACAACAAGUGCCAUUUUUGGUCCAACUUCGAGAUUGGCUCCCUCAACUGGCUGCGCUCCAAGGCCUACAUCGACUACUUUGAAAGCCUGGACCGCGACGGCGGCUUCUUCUACGAGCGCUGGGGUGACGCGCCCGUCCACUCGAUCGCGGCGGCUCUGAUGCUGCACAAGGAGGAGAUCCAUUUCUUCAACGACAUUGCCUACUACCACGUGCCCUUCACGCACUGCCCAACGGGCCAGGCCCUGCGGAGCGCGCUGAAGUGCCACUGCAACCCCGCUGACAACUUUGACUGGAAAGGCUACUCAUGCACUUCUAGAUUUUUUGAAGUCAACCACAUGGAGAAGCCGGAGGGGUGGGAGCAGGAGAAGAACUGAUUCACGCAUAUUUUGGGUUGCAUUUUUGAUCUGUUUCCCCAGUUAUUGGAAUGUCUCGUUAUCUUGAAGGAGGUCGAUGCUUCUUUAAGACGUUGAUCCGUGGGCGAGUUCAAAACAGCACGGGCACACACAGAUCCGGGGAAUUGGGGCAUCAUGGGCUUGGAACGUAGAGGCCAUCUGAGUCUGAAAGUUCAGCCGUGUGAGUUGAUGUUUUGCGUUGGCCACAGUUGCUCGCCAGCAUUCGUCGUACAUAUUCCGUAUCUGACCGGAG